AGAGUUACUGUGUUGAAUAAUCACAGACUAUCAGGCAGGAGGCUUAUAGCAGCAGCAGCAGCAGGUCCAUUGCCUGUGACAUCACUCUUGGAGCUCAGACCCAGCUCAGAGUUGCUUUCAUUAGGCAGUCCGUCCGUCUGUCUGCAUUCCCUACAUCUGCAUCUCUGCACAGGAGCAGCCUGCCUCGAGGAAGGGCUUUUGCAAUACCAAGGGAAAUACACAAGCACAAUCCAGGGACGCUGCAAUAUGAAAUUCAUCAGUGCCGGGUACUUGCUGUGCCUUUUCCCAGCGCUGGCUUUCAGCAGCACCAGAUGUAGGAUGAAGAUACGGAUCACUGACCACAGCUGAGAGGUCAUAACCAAAGAGAAGGCAAUAUUUGAUAUGGAGACAGGGUAAAGACGAUUUGGAAAAGCAGCUAAAAGAAGUUUUCAUGGAAAGAAGUAGCAUUCUUCGACAACUGUCAAAAACAUCACGAGAACUAGAAGGGAUCAAAGGAAACCUCCAGUAUUUGAAAAAGAAUGAGGCUUCUGCCAAAAGUGACGUACAGAAACUACUGGAAUUAGAAGAAAAACAAAGGAACGAGAUGAAAUCUCUCCAGGAAGCAUUUACAAAACAACUUAAUGAGGCAACGGAAAGAGCGGAGAAACAGCAGGCCACCAUUAAUUUCUUAAAAACGGAAAUGGAGAGGAAGAGUAAAAUGAUCCGAGAUCUCCAAAAUGAGAAUAAAAGCUUGAAAAACAAACUGUUAUCAGGGAACAAGCUUUGUGGUCUUCGCGCAGAGGAGUCUAAAAGGAUCCAAGCUCAGCUGAAGGAACUCCGAUUUGGGAAGACGGAUUUAGUAUCUAAGGCGCAACAACUCACUGAUCUGGAGCAAAAAUUAACCGUAGCAAAAGAAGAUAUGGAAAAAGCUUCCCUUGAUAAGGAGUCACAGCUGAAGGCAUUAAAAGAGACAGUUUCACUCUGCCUGUCUUCUGUCCUGCGCAAUCAAGCUCCUCCCACACGCAUGUUCCCUUCAAAGCUAAGGGAGAGGCCAGCAACAUCAGCAACAAAUACUUCAAAAGUGCCAUUAGAAACAAAACCAGAGAUCCCAAGAAGUGUUUCAUUUAAUACAAGCUCAAAUUCCAGCGAACUGUCAAGGAAAGAUUACAAACACGACAAGAACUGCAACUCACACAAUGCUGGACAGAUAUGCAGAUUACAUCAUAACUCAACGCUAACAAACAAGAGUGUGGAAUUAGAACCAGGAAUUCAGCAAUUGCACGGACCACCUUGGCUUCAUCCAGAAGAAACGUCAAGAGAAGAGCACAAUAUUAGUGAGGGAAAUAUGAACAUUACCAGUGAAAAAACUCUGUAAAAUAAAAUUUCCAAAAGUUUCUAAUUUACAGUCGUCUUCAACUUCCUCGGAAUUCAGAAAGCAUGAAGAUGCACUACAUUUCUAAAGCAUGUCAUUUUCCACUAAUUUAUGAAUGUUUGUAAACUAGUCCUGGAAAAGUUGAAAUUAUAAUAGAUUUGUAAAUAUGUUUUAGCAAUAACCAGAUGGCAUUGGAUGUUUGAACAACUGCUUUGUAAGAGUGGAUGUAUUGAACAUGUUGUAAUAGAUUGUUUUUUUCUUUUUUUGCUUAUUAUAAAUCUCUGUUUUCUACA